ACACAUUUUAAAAGACCUGGACACGCCUCUGAACCCUGAACGCAGGAGGCCAAAACGUAGUAAAUCUGCUUUAAAUCCGCCUCUGAGGUGGGCGUGGCUCCUCGAGAAGCAUAACGGCGUCGCUACAGAAGGUGUGUCAUCUCUGCGCAGGUCCACAUUUCUCCGAUUAGAAAAAACAACAACAAAAGGAGGACCGACCUCCGUGCCCUUAACGUCGUCGCCCAGGCAGCAGCCACCCUCCGCUCUGUCAUUUUAUCUGCAGGGGUUUUCAGCGUCACGUUCCCUGGCUGCAGGAAUGUAGCGACGGGGCGCUUUAAAAAAUAGCAUCCGCUCCUGUGACAGCGCUGCUCCGGAGGCUCCGCGGCACUCUGCUGGGAGAAGCAGGAAUGCGAAGAUGGCUGCAGACCUGGGAGAGCUGCUGGUCCCUUACAUGCCCACCAUCAGAGUCCCUAAAAUCGGAGACAGGGUUUUCAAGAGCGAGUGUGCCUUUUCCUUCGACUCUCCCGAGUCUGAGGGAGGCCUGUAUGUGUGUAUGAACACAUUCCUGGGCUUUGGACGGGAACACGUGGAGAGACAUUAUCGCAAAACAGGACAGAGUGUUUACAUGCACCUCAAACGACAUGUCAAAGAGAAAGCCACAGGAGCUGCAGGAGGAGCCAUACCCAGAAGAAGAAAUGGAAAAGUGUUCCUAGAUUUAGAGCUAAACCGUGAUUUUAACGGAGAAGACUAUGAAUAUGAAGAUGAGGCCAAGCUGGUCAUUUUCCCAGACCACUUUGAGAUCCCGUUACCAAAUAUCGAGGAGUUGCCAGCUCUGGUGACCAUAGCAUGUGAUGCAGUACUUAAUGCACCGUCAGCUUACAAGAAACAGGAGCCUGAGUCCUGGGAGGAGGAGAUCCAGGUCUCCAGACACGCCAGAAGCCUCAGACAGCUGGAUAAUGGAGUCCGGAUUCCACCCAGUGGCUGGAAGUGCCAGAAAUGCGAGAUGAGGGAAAACCUGUGGCUGAACCUGACAGACGGAUCAGUUCUCUGUGGGAAGUGGUUCUUCGAUGGGAGCGGAGGAAACGGCCACGCUUUGGAGCACUACAGAGAGACCAACCACCCCCUGGCUGUGAAACUGGACACCAUCACCCCAGACGGAGCAGAUGUCUAUUCAUUUGAGGAGGAGGAAGCCGUGUUGGACCCCCACAUAUCAGAACACCUGUCACACUUUGGUAUCGACAUGCUACAGAUGCAGAAGAGAACAGAAAACGGGCACCACACGGAUAACAAUUCCCGGUCGCGGGUCAGCGAGUGGGAGGUGAUCCAGGAGUCGGGUAUGAAGCUGAAGAUGGUUUAUGGUUCUGGUUACACAGGCAUCAAGAACCUGGGCAACAGCUGCUACCUGGGAACCGUAUUACAAGUCCUCUUCAGCAUCCCAGACUUCCAGAGAAUGUAUGUUGGUAAUCUUCAAAGGAUAUUUGAUUAUUCACCCCUUGACCCCACCCAGGACUUUGCCACACAGAUGGCUAAACUGGGACACGGACUGCUCUCAGGCCAGAACUCCAAACCACCCAUGAAAUCUGAGCUCAUAGAACAGGUGAUGAAAGAAGAACACAAGGUGUUAAACGGGCACCUGCAAAGGGGCAUCUCUCCUCGAAUGCUGAAGGCCCUGGUUAGCAGGGGACACCCAGAGUUUUCCUCCAACAGGCAACAAGAUGCCCACGAGUUCCUGCUGCACCUCAUCAACCAGGUGGAGAGGAACAGUGCCGGCUCAGAAAACCCCAGCGAUGUUUUUCGUUUCCUGGUGGAGGAGCGAGUCCAGUGUUGUCAGACUCGCCGGGUUCGUUACACCCAGAGGGUUGAUUACUGCAUCCAGCUGCCAGCUCCCAUCGAGGCAGCCACCAAUAGAGAGGAGCUGCUGACUUGCGAAGCCAAGCGGAAAGAAGCAGAGGAGAACAUGAGGGCUCCUCCAGAACCUGUGCGAGCACGCAUUCCUUUCACGGCGUGUCUGCAGGCCUUCACGGAGCCGGAAAACGUCCCCGACUUCUGGAGCUCAGCGCUGCAGGCCAAGUCAGCUGGAGUCAAAACCUCUCGAUUUGCCUCGUUCCCAGAGUAUCUGAUUGUGCAGAUCAAGAAGUUCACCUUUGGUGUUGACUGGGUUCCGAAGAAGCUGGACUUGGCCAUCGACGUUCCAGACUUCCUGGAUCUAAGUCGGCUCCGAGCCACAGGGCUGCAGUCGGGAGAGGAGGAGUUGCCUGACCUUUUGCCUCCCAUCGUGUUGCCUGAGGACACCAGAGAUAACUCCAUGAGCUCAACCGACUCUCCGGAGAUCGAUGAGGCGGCGGUUAUGCAGCUGGCGGAGAUGGGUUUUCCACUGGAGGCCUGCAGGAAGGCUGUGUACUACACAGGAAACAUGGGCCCAGAGAUGGCCUUCAACUGGAUCAUAGCUCACAUGGAGGAGCCCGAUUUUGCUGAGCCACUCCCUCUGCCUUCCAUGUUGGAUCCUGGUCCCUCCACCAGUGAGAGCCCUGUAGGGGUCACUCCGCUGGGAAACUUGCCCCCUGAGGAGAGCAUCGCCAUCCUCACAUCUAUGGGUUUCCCUCGUUCUCACAGCAUCAACGCACUCAAAGCCACGAACAAUAAUCUUGAACGGGCGCUCGACUGGAUCUUUACCCACCCAGAGGAGGAGGAGAGUGACGCCCUCUCAGACAUGGCCGACACAGAGCCCAAUGGCAUCACCUUCUCUAACGCUAACUCGCACAGUGACUCCACGCUGUCUCCAGACCAGGACGUAUCAGGCCCUCGAGUCAAAGACGGACCUGGACGAUACGAACUGUUUGCCUUCAUCAGCCACAUGGGAGCCUCCACGAUGUCCGGACAUUAUGUUUGUCACAUCAAAAAGGAGGGAAGGUGGGUGAUCUAUAAUGACCACAAAGUCUGUUUGUCUGAAAGGCCUCCGAAGGAUUUGGGCUACAUCUACUUUUACCGUCGACUUUCAAGCAGUUAAAGUCACCACCAGCCUUUAAACCACCCUCCAGUCUUUGACCCUUAAGACUGACUGACAACUUUCCCAACAGUGGGAAUGAUGGAAGAAACUUCACAGACCAGCUGCUUGCCUUAUCCAGAUCGCCAACAGGAGCAACCAGGAGCUUUUGCCAGAAAGGGAAAGCAAUGUGCUUUUUUGUGCAUUAGUUUGUGUCGUUAUGCUUUAAAUGUAUAUUUCAGUGUUUAUUUAUGGAAAAGAAAAAAUACGCUGAUGUUGGUAAAGAGGGAUGUGUGCAAUCUCCACUUCUAGAAUGCUCUCUAAAAAAAUGACAUAUCACAUCCGGACGUUCCUCCUCUCCGCCUUCAGCUGCUGUGCCGUACUUUCAAAGUGUUACAUUUAUAGUGAGACAGCAGUGCAUCACUGCCAGCCCAAAAUACCCAAGAAACCGCAACAACAGACCAGGAAUUCAGUCUGAUGCCAGUGGUUUUACACUUUACUUUGAAUUAUGGUGAAAGUUUUUCAUCGUGAAGAGAUAUUUAGUGCUUAGAAAAAUCACCAAAACAUUGUGUCAGAAUGUAGCAAAACCGACGGAUUGUUCCAAAAAAUUCAACUGUAAAUACACAGUAUUUUGGCUCACAACUGCCCCAGUUUUACAAUUAUAAAUAAUGUGUGUUUGUCACUUUCAUCUAUGCAUAGGCUUAGUUACCGAGGUAGAGCUAUUAUUUUUUUCCCCAAAGCACUUUUUGGAUAUACGUUAACUCGGCUGCACCUGCUGCGGUUUGGUUCCUUUUAUCACUUUGACAGAUUCAGACUGACCCCGAAAAGGUGAGAUAAAUGUUUCCCUUGACUUGUUGCCAUUUGUCAGGACAGCUGGUUUAUUUAUUCACUUAUUCACAGUUUCCACAUCUGGAGCAAUAUGCUCUACAACCAGAUCCGUCCAAUGAAAGCUGCACAGCCACUGCCGCCUCUACAGCUGAAUGUAAAACUUGGUGCUCGCUGCAAACCGAACCUCCUCUGCAGCUUUAGCCUGUGUCCUCCACAGCUCAAAGUGGGGUUCAGAUCAUUUUAUUAACCCCCCACCACAUGGUUUUAGACUGCUUUUAUUUGUUGCAUCUCAACUACAGCAGUGCAAUAAUACAAAGUGCAGAAAACAAUUAUUUUAGUGGAUUUCUGCUGAAGAAUGGACUUGGUGUUGUUCUGCUGAAGCUGAGUCCUGCUCAACAUGUCUGUCUAGAGCUGGAUCAAGCAGAAACCAGCUUGCACAGAAUAAAUAUGCAUUUCACAAGAGUUGAAUGAAGAAACCAGAUGGAAUUUGAAGGAACAUCUCAAUCAAAAUGACAAUUAUGAGUUUCUUUUCUCUCAGACAGAAUUCAGAAACAUUUACAGAAUGAAUCUGUGUUCCUGCAACAACAACACCAUGCCCGAGCAAAUUUUCACUUCUGUCAACCUCCUAAUAACCUGCUGCUGCGUUUGUUGUCUAUGCAGGGGGAAUAUUAAAAUCUCUAUGCAAGUCUUUUGUUUCUGCAACUCAUCAGAAUAACUGAUGAGCUUUUUCUUAGAGCUGUGUCCACUCACAGUAUGCUGUGAACUUUGGCUUCUCUCGCCUUCCUGGUUAUUAUUUGAGUUUUUGUCCUUCAGCUUUCCUUCCUGCUCAGUUUCUUCCAUUUUUUGUCAGAUAUUUUGGUUCAGUUUGUCAGCAUGUGCACUAAACUCUGAUAUUUAACUACAUGUUCUUUAUUAAUUUAACUAAAUGUCAAAAUUCUUCACUUGUUUUUCCUCGGAUGCCUUUUUGCAAACAAAUUCAUGCCAUUUCUUUAUUUUUCCUGAAGGGAGUCGUUUAAGUUAUUUAAUGUAGGCGUUAAUCCAAAUAUGGCUUGUGUAAUUAUAGUCAGGGCAGUACAUUAUAUACCCAGUGGGACUGUUUACUUUAUAAUGUUUGGAUAAUUUAAUAAAUGACAACUUUGUUGAAA